AGAGUACACUUGUGUUCCUGUCAACAGUUUAGGCGCAGGAAGUAAUGCUAGUGUGAGCAUCACUUCUGUUGUGGCUCCAUCAGUGGAUGUGUCAAUCUCUGUGAUGGUUACAAAAGAAGGCAAUAAUAUUUCAUUGAAGUGUAAUGUAUCUGGUAAACCUGAACCCAGCAUAUCAUGGACAAGAAUUGGUAGUUUGGAUGUUCUCUCUGUUUCACCAUCACUAACUAUUGUGAAUGUGAGCAGACCUGGGACAGCAGACAACAUGAUCCAGUAUCAAUGCACAGCUAGUAAUGGAGUGGAGACACCUGCUACAGCUACAGUCAAUGUUACUGUAGAAUAUCCACCACAGUCUUUUAUACAACAUUGCCCCAGUCCAGUAACUGAAGGAGAUAAUGUGAGAUUAUACUGCAAUGCAACUGGUAAUCCAUUACCUCAAACAGCCUGGAUAAAGUCUGGAAAGGUUCUGGUGACAGACAGUGUUUAUGUUAUAAGAGCAAUUAACAGAAGUCAGGCUGGAAUAUACCAGUGUAUGGCUUGGAAUGGAAUCAGAGGGAAUAAUACUGCUAAUUGUACCAUUGAUGUUCAAUAUCAUCCAACAUCAACUUUGAUUACAAUACUUCCCACAAAUACUACAGUGCUGCAUGAUCGUACUGUGUCACUGAAUUGUAGUACAGAUGCCAACCCUGAUGCUCAUACUUAUCACUGGUACUUUAAUGGCAACCUUACUGGUAAUAGCAACUCUGGUGUGUUUAACAUCACUGUGAAGGAAGAUGGAGAGUACACCUGUGUUCCUGAAAACAAAGUGGGCACUGGAAGCAAUGCGAGUGUUGGCAUCACUGCUGUUUUGGCCCCAGUUACUGAGGUGGUUCCUCAAACUGGCACUGUCAUUGAAGGUGGAAACAUCACCUUGAUUUGUAAUGCCAGUGGUGUUCCUUCUCCAUCUGUUGUCUGGACUGAAGUUGGCAGCCCGGUCAUUUUGUCUCAAAACAUUUCACUGACUGUUGCAAAUGUAACCAGACCAGGGACAAGAGAUAACCUGAUCCAGUAUCAGUGUACAGCCAGGAAUGGAGUGGGCACAUCUAGUACAACUACAGUCAGCAUUGCUGUUCACUAUCUUCCAGAGAUAGCAAGAUAUCCAUUCACUUCACCCAUCAUUGAAGGUGGCAACACCAAGCCUCUGGAAACCCUCGGCCAAACAUAA